GGGCCACUCCCUCCGCCGGUCCUGAUUUGCAUAAAGAGCUGUGAAAGUUCGGAGCGCGGCAGAAAGAGGAGCAGCUGACUUCAGGAUCCAGAGAAGGAGCUUCAUCUCGCCAGAGGGGGAAAUUACAUUCCUAUCAAAAUGUUGGCAAAACAAAAGCUAUCCUACUGGGUUGGCAUCUUCUUGGUGGUGUUGAGGCUGGCCCACGCCCAGUACGAGUACCUCGGAUACCCGCCGGGCUACCCAGACCCUGAACAGGAACAGUACACCCCCCCGGUCCUGGCUUCAGAUACCCCCAGGAUCCAGCUCCGACUAGCAGGACAAAAGAGGAAGCAUAAUGAGGGUCGAGUUGAGGUUUACUACAACGGUACAUGGGGUACUGUCUGCGACGAUGACUUCACCAUCCAUGGUGCCCAGGUGGUGUGUAAGGAACUGGGCUACCAGGAAGCAGUCUCAUGGGUCCCAUCUUCCAAAUAUGGGAAAGGAGAAGGACCCAUCUGGUUUGACAAUCUCCAGUGCACUGGAAAAGAGAGGACGCUGGCUCUGUGUCCAUCCAACGGGAUUGGUGUUUCAGACUGCAAACACACCGAAGAUGUAGGCGUGGUGUGCAGUGACCGCAGGAUCCCUGGAUUUAAAUUUGUCAACACAUUGCCCAAUCAUGUGGAGAACCUGGACAUUCAUGUGGAGGAUGUGCGCAUUCGAGCCAUCCUGUCCUCUUACCGUAAGCGGAUCCCGGUGACCGAGGGCUACGUAGAGGUGAAAGAUGGCGGCAAAUGGAAGCAGAUCUGUAACGCAGAGUGGACCGAGUUUAACAGCAGAGUCAUCUGUGGCAUGUUUGGCUUCCCAGGAGAGAGGAGGUUUAAUGCCAGGGUCUAUAAGAUGUUUGCUCGCAGAAGGAAGCCAACAUACUGGGACUUCGCUGUCAACUGCACUGGCACCGAGGCCCACCUGUCCAGCUGCAAGCUGGGUCAGAUUCUAGCCAUGAAGUCCAAUGAGACGUGCGCUGGAGGGAUGCCUGUGGUGGUGAGCUGCGUGCCUGGCAGAGCCUUCGCCCCGGCGCCCAUGACAGGGUAUAGGAAGGCCUUCAGACAAGAGCCGCUGGUUCGCCUCCGCGGUGGAGCCAUCGUAGGGGAGGGCCGGGUGGAGGUCAUGAAGAAUGGAGAGUGGGGCACCAUAUGUGAUGACCACUGGAACCUGCUGUCGGCCACUGUGGUGUGUCGGGAGCUGGGCUUCGGCUCGGCAAAGGAAGCGCUGUCCGGAGGACAACUUGGACAAGGGAUGGGGCCGGUGCACAUGAAUGAAGUGAAGUGCUCCGGAUUUGAGAAGUCCAUAACCGAGUGUCCCUUCAACAAGGAGGCCCUGGGCUGCAGCCACGAAGAAGAUGCAGGCGUCCGGUGUAACGUCCCAGCUAUGGGCUUCGAGCAGAGGCUGCGUCUGAGAGGUGGCCGAAACCCCUUCGAAGGCCGUGUGGAGGUGCUGGUGGACAGGAACGGCUCUUUGGUGUGGGGCACAGUGUGCAGUGAGGGCUGGGGAACCAUGGAGGCCAUGGUGGUGUGCAGACAGCUGGGCCUGGGCUUCGCCAGCAGUGCCUUCCAGGAGACGUGGUAUUGGCCGGGUGAGGUCAGUGCUGACGGUGUGGUGAUGAGCGGCGUUCGCUGCUCCGGAACUGAGAUGUCUCUGUCCCACUGCCUGCACCACGGACCCCACCUCAGCUGCCCCAGAGGAGGGGGACGCAACUCCGCUGGAGUCUCCUGCUCUGAAACGGCUCCCGACCUGGUGCUGAACCCUCAGGUGGUGGAGCAGACCACCUACAUGGAGGACCGGCCCAUGUUCAUGCUGCAGUGUGCGUACGAGGAGAACUGCCUGGCCUCCAACUCUGACCAGACGCCGGCCAACGCGUACCGCCGCCUGCUGCGCUUCUCCUCUCAGAUCCACAACAACGGCCAGUCCGACUUCAAGCCCAAAGCUGCCAAGCACCUGUGGGUGUGGCACGACUGUCACAGGCAUUAUCACAGCAUGGAGGUGUUCACCACAUAUGACCUGAUCAGCCUAAAUGGAACCAAAGUGGCAGAGGGACACAAAGCAAGUUUCUGCCUGGAGGACUCAGAAUGUGACGAAGGUAUCGAAAAGAAGUAUGAAUGUGCUAACUUUGGAGAGCAGGGCAUCACUGUAGGCUGCUGGGAUACCUACAGGCAUGACAUUGACUGCCAGUGGGUCGACAUCACCGACGUCAAACCUGGAGAUUACAUUUUUCAGAUUGUAAUUAACCCUAAUUACGAAGUGCCAGAAUCAGACUACACCAAUAACAUCACUAAAUGCAGAUGUCGAUACGAUGGUCAUCGUGUGUGGAUGUACAACUGCCAUAAUGAUGGCUCACUGAGCUCUGAGACAGAGAUGAUGUUCCCAGGCCUUCUAAACAACCAGGUGACCCACAGGUAAAACCGACAGAGUGGAGUCGAGAGGCAGUCACCUCCGAUGGGAAUUGUCCCACCAACCACUACCCAUGCUGUCAAGGCUGGAUUCUACUUCCUGUCCCUGAAUGAAUCAUCUCUUCUUCUCCUCACCUUUCUUCCUCUACCCUCCUCACUUCCCAGCACAUAGUAUGUGUUGACCUAUUCUGUCCAUCACUCUCUGUAAUGAUCACAGGACUGGUGAAUCUUUGUUUGGGUCUGUGACAGAGAGACUUUUUCACUUACUGUGAUUAAAUAAGAACUUCAUUUAAAUAUCUCUUCAUGGAAGUGCAGCACUUUAAGAAGCACUCAACUGCAGAACCUGGUGGAUUUUGUUCGUGUUGUUUUGUCCCCACAGACCUGGAAGAUUAUCUUCAAUGGAGAACUACUUUUUGUUUUCUUCUCACUAGAUCAACCUUUUAAUGUUUGACAUCCAGUCUUUAGAAAACAAGAAGUCUAUUCAUCACUCCUAAGUGAUGCUUGAACUGCCACAUUCUAACAGAACAUGAGGGCCGGUUCUGAAAUAUUGGCAGUGUUUGCUUUAUUUUCUCCUUGGCAGACUUAGUAAAUUACCCUAUACCCAUUUUUUGAAGAGUUGCUGAAUAAUCCAGUGGGGGUGAAGGGUCAGGGGUGAGUUUGUUAGAAAUGUGUGUUAGAAGUAUUGUAAUUAUUUCAAAAAGUGACUCGUCAUUUCAUUGUAUAAUUCAGCUGUAAUGUGAGUGGUUGUUGAUGCCAAACUUGCAUAUAAGCUAGUGUGUCAUUCAUACACUGCCACCUCCUGGUUAACUCAUGUAAGCACUUCAGUUACGAACUAAUGACUGAUAUAUACAUGUAUUGUUGGAUUGGAAAACCUUGAGUUUCCAUUGGUAUAAAAGUGAAAGAGGUGCAAGAACUGAGAUCCCUGAUUGCCUUCCAUCAAUGUUUUAUAUAAAAAAAACUCUUGUUAUUUGUGCUUCUCUUAAACAUUCAUGUUCAAUGAUCCUGAAGGGGCAAGUACUUCAAAGACAAAAUGAUGAAUCAUAAGUUCAUCAUUUGUUAUAAAUUCUCUUCUAAGCGGAUUGUGACCGAAUGUAAAGGCGACCACGAUUUCAGUCACAGAUUAUUCUUUAAAAACUUUGAUAGAAGGUUCAGAAAAAGGCCUGACCAUGGAGCAUGUUAGAGCUCAGGGAUGUCAGCUAGCUUUGGUGACCUGACUGAAGCUAAACUUAGCGGAAACAAGUUAAAGGUGUAAUUUGCUUUACCUUUGCAGAUUAAGAAACGACAUUCUCCAUGUUUCUGAGUUAGAUGUGCCUCACAGGUCAUAGUACCAAGUCAGAAACCAUUUGGAUUUGCCAGUAGUUAUGAAUCAAAGCAAUACAAGCUGGUAACAGUGUCGUUCUAUUCUAUGUUUCCCUUGUUUUCACUGCGGCAAACAAACCUAAAUGAUUUAAAAUUAGCUUUUUGGGUGCCUUCACACCAGCCUUGUUUGGUCCGCUUAAAUUGAACUGGUGAGAACCAAACCUACCUCUCAGUUCGGUUGAGGUGAACUCUGGUGCGGUUCAAAUGCAUAUAUGAAUGUCAAGCGGUCCGGAGACCACUCCAAAUGCAGGAAGUGGACUACAGCGCAGGGCAUUCUGGGUAAAUACAACCAAAACAAACAAAUUAGUCAAAUUAGAGAAAUAGCUCGUGGUCAUUUUUCAGAUUUCCUUCAGCGGUUUUGGUGCAGCGGCACCACAGGCCAGGAGGGAAACAGAUCAAAUUGUUUGGUUGGUUUUACAGUGUGAAACUGAACCAACAGCAUGGAACUAUCUGGGAACAGACAGAAGAAAUCAGAAGUUCAUUUUCACUUUUGAUUGAACAGUUUAUUUCUAAAGCUUCUACUGUUCUAUAAAUCUAUCAACUAUAUUGGAUGUUGAGGUCAUGGUUGUUCUGGCACUUUUGAAGUUGGUAUUCCAGAUUCAGGGAGGAGUAAAGCUAGUUUUUCUAAAUUGGAACACUCCUGAAAUAACUUCACAUUGACAAAUCCAGAUGGGCUUCCUAUUAAAUACCUAAGUUAGUUUGUUGGCUCACAAUAUGAGCAAAUAUGAGAGCACUUGUAUUAUUCAAGCAAGGAGUGGAACUAACAUAGUGCAUAGCUUGGAUUCGGUAUAAACCUGCAACAUACUAGCAUAUCAGGCCAGUAUGAAACCUGUGGAACAUUCUUUGUGGGUCUCAUUCACCAUCCAUGUGUUCCUCCAGCAGCAGCACAAGUUUGGGGAAGAACAUCUUUCAACCCGGUGAUGGCACAGAUACCAUUUUUGGCAUUUUUUUAUUUUUUUUUAAAUUAAUGUUAUUACUUGUUUGUAAUUCUUUGUAUUUUAAGGUAUGUGAAUUCAGUUUAUUUGUACUUUUUUGACAUGGUGCUAUCUAACUGGUCCUCUGUUUUCUGAGGGUUCAGUACAUGUUGAACAGCUGCAUUAUGUGUAUACUAACAGUAUACUUGAAUUGAAACAAUGUGCUUUUGUGUGUUGACCUAUAAUAAAGAGUUAAGCAACUGAA